GGAGAUUCUCUUACAUGGUCCACUUCAAACCUCAGACCCUCAAAUUAGUAUGUAACUUGCUAAACUUAGUGCUGACGACUACGGCGUACGUGGAGGGCUUGGGCCUGGCGCUAGGACGGGUGUGGUUAGCCCAGUCACGUGGUAUCAGAUCUUGGGAUAUUAGUAACCAAUUUGGUCCUGGAGUCAAUUCAGUCUGUUGUUUUGGCCCGUAAGACAGUGGCUGCAAUCUCAGCUUACUCGAGCUUGAUCCAAUUCCCGUCCCAGCUAUCCUGACUGGUG